AUGGUGAAGGGACGUAACAACAAGAGCAACAAGAAGGCGGCUGGCAAUGUUUCGGACAAGGAAGCGGCUGACGUACCUGAUGUACCUGUGAAGGACACAGCUGAUGGGGGAAAACCACUCGCCGGAUCCUCCUCCGCUCCAGUGAUGGGCCCUUUCGAAGCUCUGUCGGACCUGCAGAACAAGCCUGACAACGACACGGGCUCAGGGGAGAAGGUUACUGAUGAGGAAGGUGACGGAUCGGACAACUCUCACGAUUCUGUGGCAGCAGGCGGAACACGUGGCGAGGCUGCUGCUGAUGAGAAGGCGCAGGAUGAUGAGGAUGCUCCGUCAACGGCAUCUCCUGAUGAGGAAGAUGACGGCUACCUAAGCGACGACUCCGAUGAACAUCUGGAACCGGAUUCGCUUAACAGUGUUAUUGCUUUGAAGAGAUUUUCACUAACCUUACUGGUGCCGUUCUUCAGGAAAGCUGAGGUUACGCGUGCUGCUGUUACCGUAGCGGCGAUGCUGGAUGAGUGGAGGGAGCACCUGACGCAGGAUGUGCUACAGACAACGACCUACCAAGAUCUGACGGCGAUGUACUUCUCUGGAGAGCGUUAUGGUCGUCUGCAAGUCACAUUCAACCAAGUCCGGGAUGCGAACUACGUCUGGAACCAAGUUAUCCGCCAUGAAUGCGCGAACGGGGACUUUAUCGACCUCACCUGGCAACAUCCGGAAGAUGCGCGCUUCUUGAGGGAGCGCGUGCUGAAUCCCACGGCUAAGGAAGUAAUGGUCAAAGGCGUACCUGCGGAUUUAACGGCUGAACUAAUCCGUCGGCUCCUGGUGGUAUCGAAGCUGGUUAAGAGAGGCAAGGGUGCUUUUGUCAGCGGUUUCGGCUUCCAUCGGACAGUUGAUCCGGUGACUGGGCUGGACACUGACCGCAUACGUGGCCUUAUCAUACCUCAUGCUGACGAUGAGUACCGUUGGAGUUGGCGCUACAUGCCUUGUCGCUCGCUCUUCAUCCCUUGUCUCGUACUGAUGGGUGUCUGCUCCUCCCCCCUCGCAGCUGCAUCCCUGAAAGCUUCAGAUCUCCUGAAGCGUAUCAUGAGGGACCCGGCUGUUACCCUCACCUCCACUGGCGGAGCGCGGGAGGAAUGGGUCUGUGUCUAG